AUGACAAUUUUUUUCUUACUUUGUCAGAUAUGGGCAGUCGAUAAUGUAAUAAAUGGGCUUAAUUCAAGUGCCUUGUUCCACAUCACUGUUCUGGAUGUCAAUGAUAACAACCCUGAGUUUCAGAAUCUGCCAUACAGUUUUGAGGCUCUGGAAGGGGAAUACACCUUGAAUAAUGCCACUAGAGUUGGACAUGUGACUGCUACUGAUUUGGAUGAGGGAGAGAAUGCACGAAUUACUUAUUACUUGUCAGCUGAGGAUGGGGAUAAUCCAUACAGCAUCCAGCAGGAUGGAACCAUUUUGGUUACUGGCUCUGUCGACCGAGAAAGUAAAGACAAGUAUGAGCUGCUCCUGCUGGCAUCUGAUAACGGAGUGCCCCUGAGGCAGAACUUCACACACGUCAGCAUCAGGGUGUUGGAUGUGAACGACAACCCCCCUCAGUUCACAAGGGCACAGUACUCAGCCAGCAUCCCUGUGGCAGCAGCAAAGGAGGGACAGUCUGUCCUGGCAGUGUCUGCCACUGACCCCGACCUUGGGAACAACGCUGUCAUUUCAUACAGCCUCAUGAACCAUUCUGAUGAUUUCCAUAUAAAUAAUGGCACUGGAGAAAUCACCCUCAGCAAUAACCUGGAGCACAUCACAGCUGACACAGUUGUGACACUGACAGUUGUUGCCACUGACCAUGGAGUUCCUCAGCUUACCUCAAGUGCCUCUGUUACUCUCUACUUGCUGGUAGAUGACACCAGCUUUGGGCUGACUUUUGAGCGCUCCAGCUACGAGUUCAGCAUUGAGGAGGACAAAGCCCCAGGGAGCACAGUGGGCUCUGUGAAGGCUCUGACUGGCAGCAUUGCUGUGCAGGUCCGGUACUCCCUGAAAUCCCACUGGGACAAGUUCUCCAUCAAGGACCAAGGAGACAUCGUGGCCCUGGUGAGGCUGGACAGGGAGGAAGGAGACCUGUACAGCAUCCUUGUGCAAGCUGUGGAUUCCCUGGUGCCACCCAACACAGCUGUUGCUUUGGUAACUGUGAGAGUUGAAGACAUCAAUGACAACCCUCCAGUUUUCUCAGCAUGGAUCCAAACUCAUUUAUCAGCUCCUGAGAAUGCAGCUGGUCUAGACUUGGGCACAUUUUCUGCUACUGAUCUGGAUGCAGGAGAUAACGCACUUAUCAGCUACUCUCUGCAAGAUGAUUUUGCUGGAACAUUCCAUAUUAACAGUUCUACUGGCAAGCUGAUGACCAAAAAACCCUUAGACAGAGAAGUGAUGGACAGUUAUGAAUUGAAAAUAAUUGCCAGUGAUUCUGGGAAGCCAGCACAAUCUGCAAGCUUAGUUCUGAGCAUCACUGUGGAAGAUGUGAAUGACAACCCACCAGUGCUCCCCCAAAAAUCCUACUCUGUGACUGUGAGGGAGAAUGAGCCUCCACAUGUGAUUUUGAGUGCAGUAGCCACAGAUGCAGAUAUAGGGUACAAUGCCAUCAUUCAUUACACCAUAACUGGAGAGACAACUUCAUUUCAUGUGGGAGAACUUUCUGGAGAUAUUGCAACCCUGCAGCCUCUGGACUAUGAAAGUCAAUCCCAGUACAAGUUUAUUCUGAAAGCUUUCAAUCCUGGAGAGCCACAUCUCCAGGACACAGCAAACAUUACAGUUACUGUGGAAGAUGUGAAUGAAGAAGGACCUGUGUUUGACCAGUCCUCAUAUCACAAGAUCCUCCUAGACAAUUCCACAGCUGGCACACUGGUAGUAGACAUCAAUGCAAGAGAUGAAGGCAAGGCUUAUGAUGAAGGCAUUUUCUACAAUAUCUCAGGUGGAAACUCAGAAGGCCUCUUCAUUCUUUCCAGUACCACAGGAGAGCUCAGGCUAACAAGAGAUUUAUCCACACAAACUGUUCCCCUGUACUACUCCUUGAACGUCACUGCGACGGAUUCGGGUCUGCCGCCUCUUUCAGCCUCUGUAAAGGUGUCAGUCGUGGUUGCUCCCAUGGAUGUGUCCUUCCCAGUGUUCCUGGAAGAAGCCUAUCACCCUGCCCCUCUGGCAGAUCAGAGCCCCCCAGACACGUUUGUUGUGGAGGUCAGAGCCUUGUACAAGCUCCCUGUGGACUACAGCAUCGCCUCUGGAGAUGAGAAGGGAUAUUUCAUUAUCCAUCCAUCCAAUGGUAUUGUAAGAACAAGUAAGAAUCUAAAACUGGAAGAUUUUCCAGUAAAUUUCAAGGUACGAGCAUCAGACUCAUCUAAUGCUGCCAUAUUUAAUGAAGUGGAAGUGAAGGUGGAAGUCAUUGAUGAAAACGAUUUCCCCCCAGUUUUCCCAUCUUCUCUACUGGAAGAGAGAUUGCCAGAGCAUUCCCCUGCUACUCAGAUUGUGCAGCUGAAAGCUCAGGACAAUGACACAGGCAGGAAUGGUUUCCUGACAUAUGGCAUUCUCAAUGGACAAGGACUGAAAUUCAGGAUAAAUGAAACCACUGGAAUCCUUUAUUCCACUGCCCCCUUUGAUUAUGAAGAGGAACCCACAGAGUAUCAGGUUGUGGUGUAUGCUGAAGAUGAUGGGAUCCCUGAGAAGAAGAGGGGUUACUGCACAGUUGUGAUAAAGAUCACUGACAUUAAUGACUGGCCACCUGUGUUUGAUCCAGUGCCUGACUUGAGUGUCCAGGAAAACGUGCCUGUGGGAUUCAUAGUUGGAAAAAUCACAGCAUCAGACAGAGACACAGGAGACAAUGCCUUCAUUCUGUAUAACCUCACAGGUGAGGGAGAAAAUAUAUUUGAAAUAGAUGCAAUACAGGGUAUCAUUAAGAUAAGGAACUCUCCAGACUAUGAAGCCAUGAAUAAAUACAACCUCACAGUGACUGCAGUCAACAAUAAAUCUGCCCCUUUCUAUCAGGCAGCCAGCCACGUCAGAGUUGCAGUGAUGGAUGUGAAUGACAACGCCCCAGUGUUUGCCCAGAGCUCCUAUUCUGCUGCCAUGAACAUGGUGAAUCCCGUGGGGGCUCCUGUCCUCACCGUGAGCGCCACCGACCGUGACCAGGGGCACAAUGGCCUCAUUGAGUAUUACAUCCUCCCGGAUGCCACCGUGAGCCCCUUCUUCCUGAUAGAGGACUUGAGUGAGGGGAAGAUAAUUACAACUGGAAACCUGUCUAGGUCUGGAGAGAUGCACUUAACAGUGAUGGCAAAGGACAAAGGCUCUCCCCCUUUAAAUGGCACUGCUGUGGUUACUCUGAGUGUGUUUGACAACCGCCCGUUCGUGCCUCGCUUCAACAAAAGUGAGAUCAGCAUUUCUGUUUCGGAAAACACUGGAGUGGAUUAUUUAAUUUAUGAUUUUGCUGUGGUUGAAACUUCAGGAAAACCAAUUGAUUACACUGUUGUAUCUGGCAAUGAAAGAGGUCACUUCAGACUGGAUCCUGAAAGUGGUGAGCUGAGAACAGCAGUUAAUUUGGACUAUGAGGAAGUUUCUCAGUAUGUGAUUUUAAUUCAAGCAAACGCAAGAGUCUCCUCUGCUGCAGAGGCCCAGCGUUCAGGGCUGUUUGCUGAGAACGCGGCCAUGCUGACGAUCUCCGUGCAGGACGUGAACGAGCAGCCCGUGUUCUCCAGCCCCUCCUACUCUGCCCGCAUUCCCAGCUCUGUGCCCUACAAAUACCCUGUCACCACAGUCCAGGCCACAGAUCCAGACUCAGGAGACAAUGGACGUCUGCUGUACAGCUUAGUGGGAGGCCAAACCAAUGAAUUUGACAUCAAUGAAAACACAGGGCAGAUUUUUACAGUUUCUGUAGCAGGAAAAGCUGGAACGUUUUAUCUGCAAGUCCAAGCUGCAGACCAAGGCACAAGAAGACUCACAGCCCAGACAACAGUGAAUGUAAGGAAGAUUUUUGUGUAUAAUCCUGAUUUACUUCCAUGUCAAAAUUGUAAACAAGAAGGGCUAAUUUUGGUAACUGUUGAUUCCAGUUCCAGUAGCAACGUUGUGAUGCUGGUGCUUAAUCAGAAGAUCAGUGUUGUGGAAAGAAAAAGUGUUGAAGUACAAAGGGUCCUGGAAGAGAAACUUGGAUGGAAUGUAUACGUGCUUAAUAUCUAUUCCAAGGAGUCUGACAGAAAUUCAAGGAGCAGCACUGAUGAAACCCAAGUAGACAUCAUUGCUUUUGAUGAGGCCCACCAGGAAGUACCUGCAGAAGAUGUGAAAAGGAAGCUGAGGGAGCAGAGGGCUGCCAUUGAGCAGGGGCUGCAGGAGGUGUUCUCAGCAUCCGUCAGCGCUGCCGUGCCCGAGGCUCCGGCGGCCCCGGCAGCCCCGGAGCGCACGGCUGCCAUCGUGCUGGGGGUGCUGCUGGCCACCACCUUCAUCGCCUUCCUGGCCUAUGUCCUGCUGGACCUGAAAAGGAAAAGAAAGUAUGGGAAACAGGAUUUGGUUAAGAAAGUUGAUGUUAUGGAGGGCAUUGAUAACCCGUGGGCAGAUGACAAAAAUGGAAGUCUGAAAAGCUUAGAGAAACCAGAGCACAUGAAUAAUGGGAGAACGGAGGUGAUGUCAUUUGACAACCUGGAAGUCACCAGAGGAGAUGAUUCUGACAAAGAUGAAAUUCAGGCCCCCAGAAAAGACAACUACCUGGAGACAGUGCUGCUGGACUACAAGGGUGAAAGUGAGGAACAUGGAGCACCUGAAAAAGCUCCUGAAAGUAGAAAUGUGGAGGUCCAGCCCACAGCGAGAUUCACAACAGAACAGGACUCCUUUCCAACAGACACAAACCAGAAGCCAGCUCUUUCCUUAACACCUGAGCCCACACUGCCUGCCCCUGAGAAAGAACUGAAAGGAGUAAAAUUUUCAGAGGUGGCAGUGAUUUUGGACCCAGAGCCUGAAGACGAUGAGCCUGAAGACGAUGAGCCUGGAGAUGAUGAGUCUGAAAACGAUGAGUUUGGGGAUGAUGUAUCUCUCUGAUAAGAACACGCCAUGGAGAACAUUUAUAGAAAAACCACAAUGAGACUCAUUGGAACAGCUCAGAAUUAAAUGAGCAAUAAGAAUAUGGGAACGUUAUCCAGAUUUUAAUUUUGUUGCUGUUUUAAGGAUGGAUGAGGAAGAGACCAAGCAAUAUGCGGGAAGGGCUGCAGUGCUGUGCUGCAGGGCUGCUUCCCCAGCAGCAGCGCUGUCUCACUGUGUAUUUAAUUUCUUCUGGCACGUGUCAAAUGGGCAAGACAAUAAAGCCGAUUCCAGAGGCGCUGCCUUGUCAUUGCUUCAGAUCGAGUAAUUU